AUGUCUGUUCUUGGUUUUCUUUGCCAAGUCUGUCUUCAUUCUGCGAAUAGAAGCACGCAAAAAAUAGUCCGGUGUCUUUCGUCUUUUGCUUCCAUCGUAAAACAGUGCGAUCAAUUAUUUUUAAUUUUCGGAUCCGCUGUUUUAUUUGUUGUACUGGCGAAAUUAUCUUUCUGGUUGCUUACCUGUCUGCUUGUGUGUCUGCCAGUCUGUAUUAAGGAAUACAGGUUAAUUAGAACAAACCCUCUCCUCACCCCCUCUCCUUUCAUCUCUCCAUCUCUCUCUCUCUCUCUCUCUCUCUCUCUCUAUCUCUCUCUCGCUCAGCUCGUUUAUAUCAAUAUAUAUUCGUUUUUCCUCAAACUGUUUCUUUGUUCACAUUUUUCUACCGAUAUCAAUGCAUUCAUCUUCUUUCACUCUCUUUCUCUCUCUCCCCCCUCUCUCUCUCUAUCUAUCUAUCUAGCUGUCUAUCGAUUCCCAUCUUUCUACAUACUCAAAAUCUAUCUAUCUAUCUAUCUAUCUAUCUAUCUAUCUAUCUCUUCCUAUACAUAUAUCUGUUUCUCUCUUCGUAUCUCUAUCUAUCUGUUACUAUCUAUCUGUCAGUAUCUUCAUAUCUAUAUAUCUAUCUAUCUGUUACUAUCUAUCUGUCAGUAUCUUCAUAUCUAUCUAUCUAUCUAUCUAUCUAUCUAUCUUUCAGUAUCUUCAUAUCUAUCUAUCUAUCAGUCAGUAUCUAUCUAUCUAUCUAUCUAUCUAUCUAUCAGUCAGUAUCUAUCUAUAUAUCAGUCAAUAUCUAUCUAUCUAUCUAUCUAUCUAUCUAUCUAUCUAUCUAAGCCUGUUCAUUAUCUAUCUAUCUAUCUAUCUAUCUAUCUAUCUAUCUAUCUAUCUAUCACAGUUUGUUUGUUCAAAUAUCUAUCUCUUUAUCAAUACUGUCCCCUCUUGGUCCGUACUCUCUCUCCCUCUCUUUCUCCCUGGGUCCAUCAUUUGUUUCUCCUUUACUCUCAGUCCCCCGUGCUUAUCUUUUAUUCUUUCUUACUCUCUUUUGUUAUUCCACUCCGCUCACGCUCACUCUCUUUUUCUUCUUCCACCUUUAAUUCUUUCUCACGCUCUCUCUUUCUUCACGCAUUUGUUCUUCGUUCUCUCACUCUUCCUUCUGUUAUUCGUUUCCACUCUCUCUAUCUGUCCAGGUUUCUUUCUUUUCUUUUCUUUUCUCUAUAUUUCCAUUUAUUCUUUGUAAUUUUCUUUUUCACUAAAUUUCCAUCUAUUUUCUCUCUCUCACGAACAUUCACCUUUUUUAUUCUGACAUUUACUUACAUUUCUCUCUUUCUAUUUUUCUCUCUUUCUUUAUCACACACUAUCUCUCGUUUCUCUCUCUCCCCCCUUCCAUCUCUCUCUCUCACUAACAUUUUCUUUUGCUCUCUCUUUCUUUCUCUCUCUCUCUCUCUCUCUCUCUCUCUUUCGGACACUAAUCUAUAUUUAUUCUGUUUUUUUUGUACUUAUUUUUUCUCUCUCACUUCUUUAUCCAAAUUCACUUUUCCCUUUAUGGUAUCUCUCUUUCAUGUUUCUUUGACUUUCUCUCUAUUUUAUAUAAUGUUUCUCUCUCUCUCUUUCUUUCUUUCUUUCUUUCUCUCUCUUUCUUUCUUUCUUUCUUUCUUUCUUUCUUUCUCUCUCCCUCUCUCUCUCUCUCUCCCUCUCUCUCUCUCACUUUCUGACAUUUCUUGUUUCCUUCUCUCAUUUUCUCUUCUUAUUCCACAAAUGUUUUCUCUUUUUCAAUCUCCUGUGCACUUAUCAUUUCUCCCAUUCUAUAUAUUUUGUAUUCAAUAUAUUUCUCUCUCUCUCUCUCUCUCUCUCAGUACCCCCUCUCUCUCUUUCUCUCAGUACCCCUCUCUCUCUCUCUCUCUCUCUCUCUCUCUCUCAGUAACCACAUCUCUCUUUCUUUCUCUUUCUCUUUCCCAUAUUUCGUCGUUCUUCUUCUUCUUCUUCUUCUUCUUCUUCUUCUUCUUCUUCUUCUUCUUCUUCUUCUUCUUCUCCCUUUAA